UGCCGAUGAAACCGGGCUGUACUACAAGGCGUUGCCAAAUGGAAGUUACAAAGGCAAGUAUGAGAAUCCAAAGGGAUUCAAAACUCAAAAGCAACGCCUCACAUUUCUGUUUCUAUGCAAUGCAACCGGCACGUAUAAACGUGCAUAUUGCAUUGGAAAGUCGGCUAAACCACGGUCUUUUAAAGGAAAACAGCUACCGCUGCCAUAUUAUAAUAAUAGAAGUGCUUGGAUGACGAGUGUUAUUUGGAAAAAGAUUCUAAUAGAUCUCAAUCAAAAUCUUGAAAAAGAUAACAAGCAGAUAUGUUUGAUUGUUGAUAAUGCUCCUUGCCACAAUACAGAUGAGAAAUUCUCAAACAUUACGAUUGAAUUUUUGCCACCAAAUACAACUGCCCUUAUACAGCCACUUGAUCAAGGUAUCAUCCACUCCUUUAAAAUGGAAUAUCGACAAAUACUAAUAAAAAAACAAAUUUGUGCGUUGGAGAAGGGCUUAUCUAUAGUUGAAUUCCUGAAAUCGCUCACUAUUUUGGAUGGUAUCAAUUAUGCAAAUCGCGCUUGGAACCUUGUUAAGCAGCAAACAAUUAGUAAUUGUUUCAAAAAGGCAGGCAUUGACAACAUUCAAUUCAUUACAGAUGAGAUUGCAGCCACAGAAGGCGAAAACUAUGAAUGGUGCACACUCGAUAAUGAAUACAUUCAAUGCGAUAAUGAACUUGUCUGCUUUGGAACCAUGUCGGACGAGGAUAUUGUUGCGGACGUAUUGGCCGUCAAUCAAAAUUCUACUGAAGAUGAGGAAGUGUUCGCGCAAUCUGAGGCUUGUAUUAAACACCCCUCAACGAAAAAUGCCUUGCUAAGCUUAGAUUCGCUGCGUGACUAUUUUUGUCAUAACAAUAUAGAUCCCUUAGAGGCUUUUGAAGAUAUUGAAAAUUUAAUCCUAGAGAGUUCUGAAAAACAGAAAUGCCAGAAGAAAAUAACAGAUUUUUUAAGUAAAUCUUAACAAUUUUCAAAUUAAAUGAAUUGACUGAAGUGAAAUAUAAUUUUUAUUAAAACUGAAUAAGUUUAUAUAUUCUAUUUCUUGUGUGCUAUUUUUUGUUUACAUCGAAUUGAUUGUGUAUAUGCAUAUAUUUUGCAUAUAAGCGAAUACCGCUUGUUUGCAAUUACCGCCUGUAUGCAAAUUUUUUUUUGCAUUAUAACAAUUGCAUAUAACCGAUAUCUACUGUA